AUGUCGAAGCUCUCCAUCCAAGGCACCGUCCUCACGCCCGAGAACGGCGAUGCAUACUCUGCUGCGUUGCGCCGCAAUUCGGAUCUUUCAUCGCUGCCCGCGAAGAUAAUCACCCAGCCUACAGCGUACGCAGAUAUACCACUCAUCCUAUCUUACGCGAAGACGGCCACACCUCCCCUUGAGAUCGCGAUCAAAGGCGGUGGCGCUCAUUCUUCGACGUGGGCUAGCUCCGAUGGCGGACUCGUCAUAGACUUGUCAAAGUUGAACGCCGUCACUGUCUCCGAAGACAAGAAGUCGGUGGCUGUACAAGGAGGAGCGCUUUGGGGAGAUGUCUAUGGAGUGCUCGCAAAAGAGGGUCUGGAGGUCGUCGGAGGACCGCUGUGGUUCGUAGGCGUCGGCGGGUUCACGCUGGGAGGAGGAUAUGGCCCUCUGAGUGGCAUUCAUGGCCUUGCGAUUGACAACCUCAUCAACGCCACUGUCGUCCUAUCGGAUGGCCGGAUCGUAAAAACGAGUCUUUCCGAGGAACCGGAUCUCUUCUGGGCUAUCCGAGGUGGCGGUAGCCAAUUCGGCGUGGUCGUCGAGUUCACGUUCAAGUUGUUCCCCAACGAAGGUCCAUACGGCGCUGGCGUUCUAGCGUACAAAGGCCAAGAACUCGAGAAUAUGAUCAAGAUCAUACAGACUUGGAAGACGACGCAAUCUCCUCUAGAACGGCUCACCUUGCUCUUUUCUCGUCCGGCGCCUCACUUCCAGCCGUCUGUAGUUUUACUUCCAUGGGUGGCGCACGACACCGACGGUGAGCGGUCCAAGUCGGUGCUGUCGCCUUUCCGUGAUGGCGCGACAAAGCCGGUGUUCGAGAAGUAUGGGACCGUCCCUGAUAUGCUCGCCGUAUCGCACGCGGGCGACGCCGGCCUCGCCACUGCUCCCCGGCGCCUCUCCAUCCGCGGAACGUUCUUCUCCGACUUCUUCCCAGAACUUCUACUCGGGGUCUGGGAGAAGUAUGUGGCGUUCACGGAAGGGAACGAGGACGUCAAGGCCAGUGCCGUCCUGUGGGACCUGACGUCUCCGGCCAAACUCGUAGAAGUUGAUGUAGACGCCACUGCGCUGAAGACGCGUGAGCCUCAUUACUGGAUGGCUGUUCAAGGCAGAUCCACGACCGACGCAUCCGUCGCCGCUGCGCGCGAGUUCACCGCGUCUACUACAGCCUACGUGCGCGAGAAGAACGCGCAGCUUUCUGGCCAAGACCUCGGCUGGUUCGUCAAUCUUUGCGCUGGUGACGAAAAGGUCGAGGACGUAUUUGGGCGGCACUUGCCCCGCCUGCGUGAGGCGAAGCGGAAAUAUGAUCCCGAACAGACAUGGAAGAAGGGGGUUUUCAUUGAUGCGUCCUCGCGUCACACGGAGACAGUUUCAACGCUGAAGGGUUUGCGAAAGUUGGUGGCCCGUGUUCGCGUAGGGUAUAGUAGACGUGUCUCGAAAAGGGGAUGA